AUGUCGUGGUUCACAUCGAUCUUCUCCUCGGGGAAGACAGCACCAAGUCCUCCACCUACCGAGACAUCAACGCUAGACAAACGAAUCCUUGAGGAACCUGCCACGAAGUCUGAACCCGCAGCCGAAACUCCCAGCCCGCUAAGGUCUCCCACAACUGCCGAGCGGCAGGACAGAGGAAAGGUCAUCUUAGGCGCCGGGAUCGCUUUCUUCGCAGUGUCUCUUCUCAUCACACGGAGAGCAUUCGCUCGAAAACGGCUGGCCGCAAAUCCUGCAUUCUAUGCGAACUCUCCAGCUCAUCAGGCGGAGCAGGCGAAGAAAGUCAGUGGUGCCAUGGAAGCCUUGGAAGCAUUGAACAUUGCCACCAUCAAUGUUCUGAGCAUGUCCAUGAUAGCAACUGGAGGGACGAUGUGGUAUUUUGGCAUCAACAACAUGGCCGAUGCGCGACGUGUGCUGAGAGGGGGUUUAGGUGUCGAUGGUACUGGCAAGACUGAAAAGGAGGCGGAGGAAGACUUUGAGGAAUGGAUGGCGACUGUCCUCGCCAGGAAAGAGUCCAAAGGUCCACAGCAACCGCAAACCAAUGAAAGAGGCCAGCCCAGAUAA